AUGCGCGAGAAGAAGCUGACGUUAGCUCACCACAAAACUGAAAUGGUUCUGAUAAGCAACCGAAAGGCAGUGCAGCAGGCAAGAAUUUCGGUCGGAGAUUGUAUCAUCGACUCAAAGCGGGAAGCUAAACAACUGGGAGUGAUGAUAGACGACCGGCUAAGCUUUAAUAGCCACAUCGACCAUGCAUGCGGGAGGGCCGUAAAAGUGAUUUCGGCACUAUCUCGGAUCAUGCCCAACAAUUCGGCGAUCAGCAGCAGUAAAAAGCGACUAAUGGCGAGUGUUUCCACAUCGGUGCUCAGAUAUGCAGGGCCUGCUUGGGUGACGGCACUGCAGACGAAGAGGAACACAUCUCGGCUGAACAGCACGUUUAGGCUGAUGGCCAUGCUAGACACCCGUCUAGCGCGUAUCGAACUAUCUCGUCAGAGGCAGCCUACGUGA